CGGUCCCAUUGGCAUAGAACGACGGUCUCGAAUUCUCAUCCGGUCCAGGGCUAACAUUAGGGUUUUCGAACGUACGCAGUUGGAAGAAGAAGAAGAAGAAGGAGAAGAGAAAUUGUCUUUAAUCAGUUCCCUCGCUUUCCUGGUUAUUUAUCGACAGCGCGUUUCCAGGUCUGCCACUUAUCAUCAAUGUCACAAGUCAUGAUGAGUCAUUGACAGGAUUAAAUCAAGUGUUAGUGUUGUUUUCGUGAACUCUUGGUUGUAUAUCUGUGGAUAGGGAUUGAUCCAGUUGGUAGAAAUGGAAACGCAAUCCGGAAAGGUAUUGGAUAGUUGCAGUAAGAUUUUGAUUGACUUGAAAAGGAAGCAGACUGCACUGCAUGAAGCAUGUCUCUCUGGGAUUAAUCCAUUGGAUAAUUCCAAGAAGCUUAGCAGCAAAAGGAGGAAGUUAAAUGCAUCAGUCAACAAGUGUGUCAAGAAAUCUUUGGUUCACAGUUAUUCAAACUUUAUGAGAAGUGAGGUCCCACAGCGACUGAUGUAUCAUCAGGAUGGUGAAUGGUGUGAUUUUUCUCAGGGUUUUAUUGAUCUAAUUAAGAAUGAUUUUCAAUUGAAAAGGGCAGCUACUCAGUUAGAGUUUAAUGGUCAUCAGUUUUUCCUAGAUUUUAUACAUAUGUUGCAAUUGGAUAUGGAAACAGGUUUGCAGAAGCCGAUUGCGUGGAUCGAUAAAGCAGGUCAAUGUUUCUUCCCCGUGACUAAUCUGGAUGAGGAGGAUCACCUUUUGGAGUCUCCCGACUGCCAUGAUAUUAGGUUGCAGCUAGAGAUUGAUAUAAAUGGAUUGGAUGGCACUAAGGUGCAGGAAUGUACUGGGGAUUCAAAUCCAAUACUUGAUCCUCAUCGAGUUAAAGGACAACCCACCAUCAAGAACUGUGAUGUAGAGGUUGAGGUUAGCUACAACAACGCUCCAGAGCUUGCUGGAGGAAACCGAAAUCAUCUGAGGGUGAAAAACUUGGCUGACAGUAUUGAUUCCAGAAACACAGAUCCGGACACAGAUACUGUGAGAAAAAUGUUCUCUACGGGCAUGGGUUCCUCCAUUGCUGCAGAGAUUGUGAAGAUUUAUCGUGGUUGUAGUGCUUCAAUGGAAGCUCGUCUAGAACUGUUCCACAAGCAAGUAGAAAUCACCAAAAAACAUCGUGGUGAUGCAAAUGUACGUUAUGCUUGGCUUCCUUCUACUAAAGAAAUGAUUUCUGGUACGUUGAUGUAUGGAAUCGGCGAUAGUGGAAUGCUCAAAAUCAAGUCCACGUAUGGUGAUGGUGUUCAUUUAAUGCCUUCAAGUUGCACUAUUACUAGUGCAAAAAAUAGUGAUGUUGACGAAAAAGGGGUGCGGCACAUGGUAUUCUGCCGUGUUAUAAUGGGAAAUAUGGAGCUUCUUCAUGGAGGAUCAGAACAGUUCCAUCCUAGUUGUGAGAAGUAUGAUAGUGGGGUUGAUGAUCUUCAAAGUCCCAAACUCUAUAUGAUAUGGAACAUGAAUAAGAACACUCACAUUUUCCCAGAAUAUGUGGUUAGUUUCAAAGUGUCAUCUGAUCUAGAAGUGGGCAACGAGGGCUUGCUGGAAAGUUCAGGGAUCACUACUUAUUCUCAAAUUCCUCAAAUGGGUUUACUUGGGGCUGCUGUAGGAGGUGGUGGUGGUGGAGGAGGACGUCGUCCCUUCAAUGCUGCUAGGGUUCCUCAAUCUCCUUGGAUGCAUUUUACAGUAUUAUUUGAUGCAAUCACAGAUAAAGUUCCUCCUAUGGCUAUGGAAUCAGUUAGAAGUAAUUAUGAGUUGCUCCUGACGAAGAAGAUUAGCCGCGAUGAGUUUGUGAAAAAGCUGAGGCGGAUUGUUGGGGAUUCCUUAUUGAGGUUUGCAAUAACAAGUCUUCAACCACGCCAGGUUGUUUGAAAAUGAAAGGGAGAAUGAUGAAUUAUUAUGGUCUGUUUGUGUGGUUUCCCAUACAUAUAUAUAUGUUUAAUUAAGAAGCAUCUUAUGAAUAUGUAAUCUUGGCACUACUGAAGGACAAGAAGUUUAUUAUCCUCUAAUAGUAAUAAUGUUGCUGUGAAAAU